AAAUGUCGGUCCAAAACAUAAAGCCCUAAGCCUCAUACAUCUCGUCUCCUUCAACUCUCGUGUAUGUUUCUGCAAUUGUACUCUGAAUCAAAUGGCGACGGCCUUGUUUUUGCGAUCCAUGAGGCUUCAACAUCUCAAGCCAUCUCUUUUAGCUUCUUCGGCACAAGAUGGACUCAAAAUGUUUCAAGGUGCUCGUCAAAUGGCCUCCAAAGCAAAUGUGCGUGCUAAGCAGGAAAAGGGUAGGAGAAAGUUGGAAAAUGACCGGAACAAAACAAACUCGAAUGUACUUGCCACUGGGAUGAAUUUGGGUGAAUAUAGGAGACAGUUCACUAGAAGUAAAGGGAAGUCUGCUGGUAGGAACUCUGCCGGUCAUAUUACAAUUUGGCACCGAGGUGGUGGAGCAAAGAGAUUGCAGAGGAAAAUUGAUAUGAAAAGAAACACUUCAGCUACAGGCAUUGUUGAAAAGAUAGAUUAUGACCCCAAUCGUUCUUCUCGAGUUGCUCUAGUGCGAUGGACAGAUGGGGUGCAGCUGAGCCACAGGAGAAAAUGUGAACCCAUUGGAGGGUUCACUCCUCCACAAGAGAUUGUUGAACCUACCACUACAGCCAUCCACGGUUCAUUUUCAUUCUCUAUGCUGCCAGAUCAAGUAAAUGUUGCUUCCUCCACUCCUGCACUAACAACUGCUAAUAAUGCUGGAGGAGGCAAGCUAACUUGUGAAAAGGAUGUUUUCUUGUCUGCCUACUAUCCGAAGGCCAAGGGGGUGAAUUCAGCUCUUGCCCUCCGUAAAUCACUUGGGUUCCCAAGAAUGGCUGUAGCUGGGGCGAAGCCUGCUUUCUACUCCUUGCGAGCAAAGGAGGAAGUUGGAGAGAACACCUUCUCUCUUUCGGAUAUACAAAAGUGGAAUCCACAAAGUGUUGUCUGGGCUCAUAGGUUGAAACGAAAAGCAGCAAUUUCCUGGCAAAGCUUAAAAUAAAGUUAAAGGCAUGUGGUAGUUAAUUUUGAAAUAAAGCUGAAGGCCUGAGGCUGUGGGCGUCGUUGAAGUGAAAUAUGAAGGCAAGAAUAGAGUUUAGGAGCUUAAAAUGCUGUUACUUAAUUAACAGAUGCUUUCAUUUGAUUCAACAAAUUUGGUACUGUGAAGCUUUUUUAUUGCUUUUGUGAUUGUGAGAAUAGGCUUCAUAUCUUUGUGCUCAAGUUAGAAGCGAAUUGAUUACACAUGUUCUAUUACUACUGUCUCAAAUGUUAUGUUAAAAACUUUGACAGUACUUUGAGAUUUAUCCUCUUUUGAUUAUUUAAGAUUCUAUGUUGUUCUUCUGUAA